AUGGACCCCAUGGAGGCUGAGGCAGAGACGGCCAGUCUCACGUCCAUACACUCCAUAAAGCCGACCCCGGACACGAUUGCCAAGCUUAUUACUCGGCUACGGUCGCUCACCUACACCCUACUCCCGCUUGAAGUCUCUCCUGCGAGUAUCAAUGACCCGACGAGCCGUGUGAUUACGCCGCAGGUCAUCUCCGCCUAUAUGGCUGCGGCUGGCGACUUGACCGAAGCACUUCCCUACUGUCUUCUGCGCGCUCGCGCAGACUUUAUGAAGAUGGCGAAUAGUGACGCGGCAGAUUAUGAUGAGAACCUUGGCCGGGCCACCGCAUGUGAGGUCUUAGCCCGCAGAAUUGUGCACAAGGCACCCACCGACAAGUGGGCGACUCUCUUGUCGACGCGCUACAAGUAUAGGCAUAGUGACGGAGACAUUGAAGUGGCCAGCGCACUUGAAGUUGCCAUUGACACUCACUGCUUGGUCUUUCUAUCCUCCAACGAGACUCAAGAUGUUGUAAACUGGCUGUGGAAGGGCGAUAUCAUCAUGGAGUACCAUGAUGACCACGAUGUCGACUUUGUGGCCUUCGACGCCAAAGAGUCCAAGCGUAGCUUCUGGGGUCACUUUGACCCCGCUCGCAUGGGUGUACCACGAUAUCAGAACGCGUUCCGUAUCAGUGUAUGGAUUAUUCUACUCGUUGUAUACUCGCAAGCAGUACAACAGCCGCUUGACCGUGCAGAUCCGACAUUGGGCACGGAGCUGGAUUGGUGGGAGAUCUGUCUUUACGUACUCGGACUCUCGUUUGCUGUCGAGGAGCUGCACAAGUGGUGGAAACUCUUGCGUUUCGCUACUUGGCGUGCCUUCGGCUUUUGGAACAUCGUGUCCUUCAUCAUAGAUGGUCUCUUCGUUGCGGCAUUUGCUCUUCGCGUUGCUGGGAUCUUCUCGCUUGGACCACAACAUGACAACCUACGGCUACGCAGCUUCCAGACGUUGUCUUAUGCGGCACCCUUGCUGUGGAUGAAACUCGUGACGGUGUUUGACGGUUACAAGUAUAUUGGUACGAUGCAAAUCUGCGUGGCGCGCAUGCUACGCGAGUCGGGUAUUUUCUUCGCAUUACUCUCAAUACUCGGGAUUGGUUUCCUUCAAGGUCUAUAUGCGUUGGAUGCAUCGGACGGCAUGACCGAGUCGCCCGUUGAAGUUAUACACGUUAUGGUGCAAGCGCUUCUCGGAUCGCCGAACUUUGAAAAGUUUGAAGUCAGCGCCACGGGUAUGCUUCUGUACUAUUUCUGGAACAUCGUCACGGCUGUCGUCCUUCUCAACGUCCUCAUCUCGCUGUUCUCCUCGGCGUAUGACGAUGUUGUUGACGACGCUGAGGCCGAGUUCCUUGCCUACUUCGCUGGCAAAACGGUGGGAAUGGUUCGCUCACCCGACGUUUUCGUCUACCCUGCGCCGUUCAAUCUUUUUGAGGUAUUCCUCGUCGCGCCUCUUGAGCGUUUUAUGGGCAAGCAAGCCUACGCACGUUUGAACCGUGUCGUACUCACCAUCGUGCUAUUCAUCCCGCUCUCGGUCAUCGCACUAAUGGAGGCCCGCCUUCAGUCGCCACAUACCUGGAUGAAUGGGACGGCGGGCCUUGAUACCGAGGACGAUGAUGCACGUUCCGAAGCGCGCAACCCGCCCGCGAGCGAUGAUGGACUCGUUAUCUCGCGUGUUCCGUACGAGGAGCUGAUCACGGUCUUCCCAAACACGCACGAGAGUAGCGAGGCGAGCAUUCUGCGGGAGAUUGGCUCAUUGAGAGACCAAUUGGACAGGCUCACGAAGUUGCUAGAGCAAAAGUCCUGA